AUGUUUCAAAUAUUGGUGUCUGUAUACUUUCAAAAUUCCCCCUCUUGUGAUGUCAUAAUACCCUGUGAGAAACGUGGGGCGGGUACGGACGCGAACGUCUUUAUCACACUGAGAGGUUCAAAAGGUGUUUCUCCUAAACUACAGCUGAAAUCUGAUCGACACAAUACAUUUGAACGAGGGAAUUCUGAUGUGUUUCGAUUGAAAUCGGCGAACGUUGGAAACUUGAAGCGAGUUCGUGUUGAGAUCGAUGAGAAUGGAUUCGCACCAGCGUGGUUUCUUGAAAGGGUUGUAGUAGUUGACAUGUCGAAACCAUCGCAACGAAUCUUCUUCCCGUGUGGUCAAUGGUUGAGUGAUGACGAACAAUUAUUCAGAGACUUAGUGGGAAGCACAGAUCCAUUGGCAAGACCUAAAAUGAAUGCAUACGUGGUCCACGUCUUCACGGGCGACAUGCGCGGUGCCGGCACGGACGCCACAGUGAAGAUCACGCUCUUCGGCGACCAUGGCGACUCCGGGCAACUUGUGCUCGAUGAUUCCAAGAACAAUUUUGAGCGGGGAAGGAAAGAUACUUUCUCCUUACAAUGCCCGCAUAUUGGGAAGAUUAAAAAGAUCAGAAUUGGUCAUGACAAUGGUGGAAUUUCACCCGGUUGGUUCUUGGACAAAAUUGUGGUGGACGACACUCUGAUGGAUUGCGUCUAUACGUUUCCAUGCCAACGAUGGUUUGCUAAGGAUGAAGAUGAUGGGAGGAUUACAAGGGAGUUGGUGGCUGGUGCAGGGGAUGCUGGGAUACCAUACAAAGUACAAGUGUUUACUGGUGAUGUACGAGGCGCAGGAACAGAUGCUGAAGUCUUCAUUACCUUAUAUGGAGGCAAGAAAGGUCAACUGAGUUCAGGGAAGAUUGUUCUGGAUGGAAAGUUUCAAAGGAACCGCGUUGACAUCUGUGACGUAGAGAGCGCAUCCAUGUUAAGCCCACUUGACCACAUAGAGAUCGGACACGACAACUCAGGGUCCGGACCCGGUUGGUUCCUCGAUAAAGUUGUUGUUACUUGCCCAACUAAUGGGUGUGAACAGGUGUUCAGUUGUCGUAAAUGGUUCGCCACGGACGAGGGAGAUGGUUUGACUUCAAGGGAACUUUAUGAAUCAAAGUCGUUGCGGAAACAAGUUAUGCAGAAAAGUGCUUGGAAUUGUUUGAUUUGGACGAGUGAUGUAAGAAACGCUGGAACCGAUGCCAAUGUAUUUAUCCAGGUUUAUGGAGAAAAUGGUAAAUCUGAUGAGAUAGCUCUCGAUAAUGAAACUGAUAACUUUGAAACCGGACAGAAAGACAAGUUUAAGAUCAACAUACCAGAGGUUGGCCGCAUGUACAAGCUACGUGUAUGGCACGAUGACUCCAACCCAUUCUCAGGUUGGCAUUUGGACAAGAUAGUAUUGGAACCUGUGGGUGGGAAGAAGGGGAGUUCGUAUACUUUCAACUGCCAGAAGUGGCUGGACACCAACGAGGGUGAUGGGCAAAUCAUCAGGGAAAUCCCCGCCACUGGCCCCGGGGUGAAACGACCCCAGCCCCUCGUUCGUUACCAAGUUACCGUAGUAACAGGGGACAAACGGAACGCUGGGACUGAUGCCAACGUGUUUUGUUGUUUAUACGGUCGUCAAGGUGAUACUGGAAAUCGACCACUCGAGGCGUCAAAGAGCAACAGGAAUAAAUUUGAACGGGGACAAUCUGAUGAAUUCACCAUCGAAGCUGUUGAUUUGAAAAGCGUGAACAAAGUGAAGAUCGGACACGAUGAUUCUGGUGUUGGUAGUGGUUGGCAUUUGAAGGAGAUUAUUGUGAGAGAUGAAACAAACGGAGAAUCAACAGUUUUUCCGUGUGAUCGAUGGCUCGCCACAGAUGAAGAUGACGGAGCCAUCGUUCGUGAGUUGACUUCAGAAGGUUCGCCUCAAUUGCUUAACACAACCUCGUACCAUGUUUCUGUGAAGACCGGUGACAUGCGGGGAGCGGGGACGGAUGCUGAUGUUUAUAUACAGAUCUACGGGUCAGACGGCGACACAGGUCGUUUGAAACUUCAUCAAGGUGAAAAUAUCCGGAAUAAAUUUGAACGAGGCAGAACAGACCGGUUUAAACUGGAAGCAACCGAUAUUGGCCGGAUUGAACGAAUAUAUAUUGGCCACAAUGACAGUGGGGUUGGAGCCGGUUGGUUUUUGGAUGGAGUUGAGAUUGACGUUCCAUCAUCAGGGAUGCAUUAUACAUUCAAAAGUAACAGAUGGUUGGCAUCGGAUGAAGGAGAUGGUAAAACUGAGGUUGAAUUAUACCCAACGCAAACAAGGCAACAAGAUAAAUUGUUGCCAUACGAGAUCACAGUAACAACAGGCGACAUAAUGAAUGGGGGAACUGACGCUCAAGUUGUUGUGCAACUAUAUGGGGAAGAUGGAAAGUCUGAGGUGAUCAGGUUGAGAAACAAAACCGACAACUUUGAAAGGAAGGCCGUCGAUAAGUUUAAGAUCGAGGCUCCCGACAUCGGUCCAAUCACAAAGAUCCGCAUCGGACAUGACGGGAGGGGAGUCGGGUCCGGAUGGUUCCUUGAUUCUGUGAAGAUCCAAAGAUUUGUUCGCAAGACGAGCAAGAGGAAGAAGAGAAGACGAGAGUCCAUGGUAUCCAACGAUCAAAACGAAGUUGAAACUUAUUGGUUUGUUUGUCGUCGUUGGUUCGAUAAAUCUGAGGAUGACGGGCAGAUUAUUCGCGAGCUGGUCCCGACCGAUGAAUCAGGGAAACCUAUUGAUGAGGCUUUGCAAGAAUUGGAAUACUCAGUAGAUGUUUACACUGGGGACAAAUAUGGAGCUGGGACCGAUUCAAACGUCUUCAUUACUUUGUAUGGAGAGAACGGUGAUUCAGGUGAAAGAAAACUGGACAAAUCUGACAACAUCAACAAGUUUGAAAGAAACCAAGUUGAUGGGUUUAAACUCAAAGCUGCUGAUCUCAGUAAUCUUAAAAAGUUAAAGAUUCGUCAUGACAACAGUGAGCUUGGUUCGUCAUGGUUCGUUGACCGUGUUGAGGUCAAAGUCAAAGGUCAAACUUGGGUGUUUCCAUGCCAACGAUGGUUGUCGACCAAUGAGGAUGACGGACAGAUUGAGCGAACACUGGUGCCUGUGGAUGUGGCAACAUACCAGCGGUUGCAACAGAAGCAAGGUAGUGGUAGGAAGGCAAGUGUGGCAGUUCGUGAUGCUAUUGCUCUUGAAACUAAAGCCCAACUCACCACAUAUGAGGUAUCAGUGAAGACUGGUGACAUCAGGGGAUCGGGUACUGAUGCAAACGUAUACCUCGUGCUAUUCGGGGAAAACGACGACUCAGGAAUGAUAAAUCUUAAAACAUCAAAGACGCACCGCGAUAAAUUUGAACGAAACCACACGGAUGUCUUCACGGUGGAAUCCGCUGAUCUUGGCAAUCUAAAGAAAGUUAAGAUCGGUCACGACAAUGCUGGCUUGUCACCAGGUUGGUACCUUGAGUAUGUAGAAGUAGACGCCCCAUCCCUUGGCAUGAAGUGGAGAUUCCCAAGUGGAAGGUGGAUUGCUAAAGAUAAAGAUGAUGGGAAGUUGGAGAAGGAAUUGUUCCUUGCCAUGGAUGAAACUGUGGGUUACGCAGCUAAGGUUCCUUAUGAGAUAACAGUUUACACAAGUGAGGUAUCUGGAGCAGGAACAGACGCCGAUGUUUACGUUGUUUUGUAUGGAAGAGAUGGGAUGUCUACAGAAAAAACAAGUUUGUGUCCAACAAAAGAUGAAAGGAAGUCAAAAUUCAAUAAGAAGAGUGUUGAUACGUUUGUUCUUGAGCUCGAUGAUGUUGGUGAAGUGAUUGAGAAGUUAAGGAUCGGACAUGAUGGGAAGGGAUGGGGGGCUGGGUGGCAUCUUGAUAAAGUAGAGAUCAGGAGGUUGCUUGAAGGAGCUAAGGGCUCAGAGACAUAUUCGUUCACAUGCGGUCGGUGGUUAGCUAGAGAUGAAGACGAUGGUGAAAUCGUUAGGGAACUUGUACCAACACAACUUGUUCAAGAGAAAGUCACUAAAAGUGGAAAGUUGAAGAGAACGGAGUCAAAGUUGGAUAGCUUAAAAAAUCAACAAUACAAGGUCCAUGUAUACACCGGUGAUGUUUUCAAUGCUGGCACCGAUGCUAACGUCUAUAUUACCAUAUAUGGUGAAAACGGUGACACAGGAGAAAGAAAACUUCUCAAAUCGGAAACAAACACCGAUAAAUUUGAAAGGGGAAAGGAAGACAUUUUUAAAAUUGACGCAGUUGAUCUUGGCAAGUUAUUCAAGGUUCACAUCCGCCAUGAUAACGCUCUUCUUAACCCAUCAUGGAAUCUUAACCGAGUGGAAGUGGAGGACACAGACACAGGGAACAGAUAUGUUUUCCACUGUGAGAGGUGGUUGGCUAAGGGGAAAGAUGAUGGAAAGAUUGCAAGAUCGUUAUACGUUGUUGGGUACGAUGGUGAAACUUCAACCAAAAGAAGUCUUGCUACAACUAAGAGUGGGGGAAGUAUUGGAAGGAAAUCGAUUCUUACUGAUGUUAUUCCUGAAGGACCAACCAUCCCAUAUACAGUGAAGAUUGAAACAGGAUCUGAUGAAGGCAGCAGCAGCACUGCAUCUGCGUUCAUUAAAAUAUACGGACCAAGUAAAAAAGGAAAAGUAUCAAGAAGGAUAACACUUGAUCCACCAUCUGGUAAGUUCAAGAAGGGAACUGUGGAGUCGUUCAACAUCGAUGCCAUUGAUGUGGGAACCAUCAAGAAGAUUGAGAUCGGCCACACUGGCGUGGAUGACGAAUGGUUCAUUGAGAGCGUGAUGAUCAACCAACCAACAUUGGGGAAGAGUUUCACUUUCAAGUGUCAUAAGUGGCUUGCAAGGAGCAAGGAUGAUGGGUUAACGACCCGAAUCUUCACAAUCGAUGACGCAGAAAAGUUGACGUAUAAAGCUAAGAUCCCCUAUGAGGUCACAAUACAUACAGGGAAUGUUCCUAAUGCUGGGACAGACUGUUUGAUCACAAUGAGCGUGUAUGGAACAAAGGGAAACGCUCCUGACAUCACAAUCAAGAAGUCCGAGGAGGAAGGAAUCCUCUUGGAGCGAGGAUCAGUGGAUGUCUUCAACGUGGAGAUGGAGGAGAUUGCUCCUCUGAAGAUGAUCAGGAUAAGUCAUGAUGGGAGGGGACAAAGGCAGGAUUGGUUCUGUGAUAAGAUCGAACUGCGCAAUCUUAACAGUGGUAAAGUCACUGUGUUUCCCUGUGAUAGCUGGCUGUCCAAGAAACUUGGUGAGAAGACUUUAUCUCGUGAGUUAUCGGCCUCAGUUGGUGGGAGGUCCGUGCUCAAGAAGACAACUUAUAAACUCAAUGUUAAAACGAGCAACAUGAGAUCUGCUGGAACCAAUGCUAAUGUAUCAUGUAUUGUGUUUGGAACAUUUGGGGACACAGGAGAGCUUCGUUUAAAAGAAUCCGAAACUCAUAAAAACAAGUUUGAACGUGACAGCUUGGAUGUGUUCACUUACCAAGAUAAACUAAGUAUCGGUCAACUACAGAAACUGAGGGUGUGGCAUGAUUCUAAAGGUUUCAGCUCAGGUUGGCAUCUUGAAUACAUUGAAGUGGUCGAUGAAUCAACGCAACAGAAGUUUAUGUUCCCGUGCAAUCGAUGGUUGGCUGAUGAUGAAGACGACAAACAAACUAUAAGGGAACUUACUUGCUCUAAUCUUGAUCAGGCUACUGAAGGUCACACGGUGGGGCAGUACACGGCCACCAUAACAACGGGAGACAAACGGGACGCGGCCUCUUCAUGCGAUGGAUGGAUCAUCCUCCAUGGGAAGAUGGGAAAGUCACGGAGAUUGAAGAUAAGGUCGGGGAAGAUGGGACGGGGGAAGAAGUCCGAGGUGAAGUUGGAUGCGGGAGAUGUGGGGAAGAUGGAGGCGAUCACACUAGGGUUGCACGAUAUGGGAAGAUGGUACGUUGAGGAUGUCACAAUCGAAACUGGUAACGGGGGUCAAUAUAAGUUCGAUUGUCACGCAUGGGUGAGCAACGAGGAUGGAACGAACACUAGAGGGCGAACGUUUGAGUGUAGCGCCACCAAGGGACGAACAGUUUCCAUGUCAAGUCUCAUUCCAAUCAAAUAUGAAGUUACCGUGGUUACCGCUGAUGAAAAAGGUGCGGGUACCGAUGCUAACGUCAAGCUUACCAUAUAUGGUGAGAACGGAGACUCUGGAAGUCGAGCGCUGAAACAAAGAUUCCGAGAUUUAUUUGAGCGGAAACAAACCGAUAAAUUUACCCUUGAAAUAUUAGACCUGGGGGAAUUGACCAAGAUCCGAUUGGAGCACGACGACGGUGGUUUUAAUGCUGAUUGGUUGUGUGAUCAUGUGAUCGUGCGGAACCCUGUGAUUGGUCAAUCCUGGACCUUCGUUUGUCGGGAAUGGAUUGGAACGAAAAAAGCCGGUCAAUUGUUUCCGUGAAGUAAUGCCCCGAAGUACGGGAUGAAUCGGCAAAUUAAUUUUUGAGUCAUGGACGAACAGUGCUGAAUCAUGAUGAAAAAUUGCUGACUCGUUAUAACGUUUUGUUUUAUUGAUAUUAAUGGGAAACCCCCAAAUAUGAGAAUCUAUAUGCGAUGUUGCUACCAAGCAUAUUAUUAAAUCUCAUAUAGAAAUUCUGGCAACUUGUUUAACUUAACAAAGUUUUGA